GCGUUGGAACCCGAUCGUGAACCACUGUUGGAUCCGGAAAUGGAACCGACGUUACUUGCGGCGUUAGAUGCUGCGUUGGAUCCAGAUCUUGAUCCACUUGCUGAAGCGCUGUUAGAACCGGCGUUACUUGCUGCAUUGGAGGCUGCGUUGGAACCUGAACGUGAUCCGCUGUUGGAUCCGGAAAUGGAACCUGCGUUACUUGCGGCGUUAGAUGCUGCGUUGGAGCCAGAUCUUGAUCCACUUGCUGAAGCGCUGUUAGAACCGGCGUUACUUGCUGCAUUGGAGGCUGCGUUGGAACCUGAACGUGAUCCGCUGUUGGAUCCGGAAAUGGAACCUGCGUUACUUGCGGCGUUGGACGCUGCGUUAGAGCCAGAUCUUGAACCACUUGCUGAAGCACUGUUAGAACCGGCGUUACUUGCUGCAUUGGAGGCUGCGUUGGAACCUGAACGUGAUCCGCUGUUGGAUCCGGAAAUGGAACCUGCGUUACUUGCGGCGUUAGAUGCUGCGUUGGAGCCAGAUCUUGAUCCACUUGCUGAAGCGCUGUUAGAACCGGCGUUACUUGCUGCAUUGGAGGCUGCGUUGGAACCUGAACGUGAUCCGCUGUUGGAUCCGGAAAUGGAACCUGCGUUACUUGCGGCGUUAGAUGCUGCGUUGGAGCCAGAUCUUGAUCCACUUGCUGAAGCACUGUUAGAACCGGCGUUACUUGCUGCAUUGGAGGCUGCGUUGGAACCUGAACGUGAUCCGCUGUUGGAUCCGGAAAUGGAACCUGCGUUACUUGCGGCGUUAGAUGCUGCGUUGGAGCCAGAUCUUGAGCCACUUGCUGAAGCGCUGUUAGAACCGGCGUUACUUGCUGCAUUGGAGGCUGCGUUGGAACCUGAACGUGAUCCACUGUUGGAUCCAGAAAUGGAACCUGCGUUACUUGCGGCGUUAGAUGCUGCGUUGGAGCCAGAUCUUGAUCCACUUGCUGAAGCGCUGUUAGAACCGGCGUUACUUGCUGCGUUGGAGGCUGCGUUGGAACCUGAACGUGAUCCACUGUUAGAUCCUGACCGAGAACCUGCGUUACUUGCUGCAUUGGAGGCUGCGUUGGAACCUGAUCGUGAUCCACUGUUGGAUCCGGAAAUGGAACCUGCGUUACUUGCUGCGUUGGAGGCUGCGUUGGAACCUGAUCGUGAUCCACUGUUGGAUCCGGACCGGGAACCUGCGUUACUUGCUGCAUUGGAGGCUGCGUUAGAGCCAGAUCUUGAUCCACUUGCUGAAGCGCUGUUAGAACCGGCGUUACUUGCUGCGUUGGAGGCUGCGUUGGAACCAGAUCGUGAACCACUUGCUGAAGCACUGUUAGAACCGGCGUUACUUGCUGCGUUUGAGGCUGCGUUGGAACCUGAUCGUGAUCCGCUGUUGGAUCCGGAAAUGGAACCUGCGUUACUUGCGGCGUUAGAUGCUGCGUUGGAGCCAGAUCUUGAUCCACUUGCUGAAGCACUGUUAGAACCGGCGUUACUUGCUGCGUUGGAGGCUGCGUUGGAACCCGAUCGUGAUCCACUGUUGGAUCCUGACCGAGAACCUGCGUUACUUGCUGCAUUGGAGGCUGCGUUGGAACCUGAUCGUGAUCCACUGUUGGAUCCGGAAAUGGAACCUGCGUUACUUGCAGCGUUGGAGGCUGCGUUGGAACCUGAUCGUGAUCCACUGUUGGAUCCAGACCGGGAACCUGCGUUACUUGCUGCAUUGGAGGCUGCGUUAGAGCCAGAUCUUGAUCCACUUGCUGAAGCGCUGUUGGAACCGGCGUUACUUGCUGCAUUGGAGGCUGCGUUGGAACCUGAACGUGAUCCACUGUUGGAUCCGGAAAUGGAACCUGCGUUACUUGCGGCAUUAGAUGCUGCGUUGGAGCCAGAUCUUGAUCCACUUGCUGAAGCACUGUUAGAACCGGCGUUACUUGCUGCGUUGGAGGCUGCGUUGGAACCUGAUCGUGAUCCGCUGUUGGAUCCGGAAAUGGAACCUGCGUUACUUGCGGCGUUAGAUGCUGCGUUGGAGCCAGAUCUUGAUCCACUUGCUGAAGCGCUGUUAGAACCGGCGUUACUUGCUGCGUUGGAUGCUGCGUUGGAACCUGAUCGAGAUCCGCUGUUGGAUCCGGAAAUGGAACCUGCGUUACUUGCGGCGUUAGAUGCUGCGUUGGAGCCAGAUCUUGAUCCACUUGCUGAAGCACUGUUAGAACCGGCGUUACUUGCUGCGUUGGAGGCUGCGUUGGAACCCGAUCGUGAUCCACUGUUGGAUCCUGACCGAGAACUUGCGUUACUUGCUGCAUUGGAGGCUGCGUUGGAACCUGAUCGUGAUCCACUGUUGGAUCCGGAAAUGGAACCUGCGUUACUUGCAGCGUUGGAGGCUGCGUUGGAACCUGAUCGUGAUCCACUGUUGGAUCCAGACCGGGAACCUGCGUUACUUGCUGCAUUGGAGGCUGCGUUAGAGCCAGAUCUUGAUCCACUUGCUGAAGCGCUGUUAGAACCGGCGUUACUUGCUGCGUUGGAGGCUGCGUUGGAACCUGAUCGUGAUCCACUGUUGGAUCCGGAAAUGGAACCUGCGUUACUUGCGGCGUUGGACGCCGCGUUAGAGCCAGAUCUUGAACCACUUGCUGAGGCACUAUUAGAACCGGCGUUACUUGCUGCGUUGGAUGCUGCAUUAGAGCCAGAUCUUGAACCACUUGCUGAAGCACUGUUAGAACCGGCGUUACUUGCUGCGUUGGAGGCUGCGUUGGAACCUGAACGUGAUCCACUGUUGGAUCCGGAAGUGGAACCGGCGUUACUUGCGGCGUUAGACGCUGCGUUGGAGCCAGAUCUUGAACCACUUGCUGAAGCACUGUUAGAACCGGCGUUACUUGCUGCGUUGGAGGCUGCGUUGGAACCUGAUCGUGAUCCACUGUUAGAUCCUGACCGGGAACCUGCGUUACUUGCGGCGUUGGACGCCGCGUUAGAGCCAGAUCUUGAACCACUUGCUGAAGCACUGUUAGAACCGGCGUUACUUGCUGCGUUGGAGGCUGCGUUGGAACCAGAUCGUGAACCACUUGCUGAAGCACUGUUAGAACCGGCGUUACUUGCUGCGUUGGAGGCUGCGUUGGAACCUGAUCGUGAUCCACUGUUGGAUCCGGAAAUGGAACCUGCGUUACUUGCGGCGUUGGACGCCGCGUUAGAGCCAGAUCUUGAACCACUUGCUGAGGCACUAUUAGAACCGGCGUUACUUGCUGCGUUGGAUGCUGCAUUAGAGCCAGAUCUUGAACCACUUGCUGAAGCACUGUUAGAACCGGCGUUACUUGCUGCGUUGGAGGCUGCGUUGGAACCUGAACGUGAUCCACUGUUGGAUCCGGAAAUGGAACCGGCGUUACUUGCGGCGUUAGAAGCUGCGUUGGAACCUGAUCGUGAUCCACUGUUGGAUCCGGAAAUGGAACCUGCGUUACUUGCGGCGUUGGAUGCCGCGUUGGAGCCAGAUCUUGAACCACUUGCUGAAGCACUGUUAGAACCGGCGUUACUUGCUGCGUUGGAGGCUGCGUUGGAACCUGAUCGUGAUCCACUGUUAGAUCCUGACCGGGAACCUGCGUUACUUGCGGCGUUGGACGCCGCGUUAGAGCCAGAUCUUGAACCACUUGCUGAAGCACUGUUAGAACCGGCGUUACUUGCUGCGUUGGAGGCUGCGUUGGAACCAGAUCGUGAACCACUUGCUGAAGCACUGUUAGAACCGGCGUUACUUGCUGCGUUGGAGGCUGCGUUGGAACCUGAUCGUGAUCCACUGUUGGAUCCGGAAAUGGAACCUGCGUUACUUGCGGCGUUGGACGCCGCGUUAGAGCCAGAUCUUGAACCACUUGCUGAGGCACUAUUAGAACCGGCGUUACUUGCUGCGUUGGAUGCUGCAUUAGAGCCAGAUCUUGAACCACUUGCUGAAGCACUGUUAGAACCGGCGUUACUUGCUGCGUUGGAGGCUGCGUUGGAACCUGAACGUGAUCCACUGUUGGAUCCGGAAAUGGAACCGGCGUUACUUGCGGCGUUAGACGCUGCGUUGGAACCAGACCUUGAACCACUUGCUGAGGCACUGUUAGAUCUGGCGUUACUUGCUGCGUUGGAAGCUGCGUUGGAACCUGAUCGUGAUCCACUGUUGGAUCCAGAACUAGAACCUGCGUUACUUGCGGCGUUGGACGCUGCAUUGGAACCAGAUCUUGAACCACUUGCUGAAGCACUGUUAGAACCGGCGUUACUUGCGGCGUUGGACGCUGCGUUGGAACCUGCACGUGAUCCACUGUUGGAUCCGUCAAUUGAACCUGCGUUAGUUGCGGCGUCGGAUGCUGCGAGUGAUGCACUUCCUGCUCCACUUGAGGAUCGUGAAUGGCUGUGUCCACGACCUGCGGAUUUUCGCGACGAAAUACUUUCGAUAUCCCAAACAUCAUUGAUCUCUUUCAUUGUAAUGACCGCUUCGUUGUUUUCGCUCGGAUGUAAUGGGACUAGUUUCCAUCCUUCGAUUUCGGCUAAUCGUUCUAAAUCAAUUUCUAGUUCUAUUUCUUUUCCAAUACUCAGACCAUCUUUUUUUUCUGGCUCAAUUAUGAUAUCCAAUAACAAUGGUUCUGCCGCUUCAACGACCUCUCCACCGGAUGAUGCAUUGUUUGUCGAUAUUAAUCCCUGGAAGACCAGCAAAGUCAGUAAUGAAGCUAGAACCUUCAUCUUGAAAGAGUUUGCAGGUUCUGUGUCUCGUUUCCAUGCUGCUUCGUUUAUAUACACUCCUAUCAACUGAAUAAACAAUGUUUUUAUUUCGCUCCCGAUGCGUAUUGUUAUCUUUUUUCGACCAUCUUUGUUAAUUUUUAUUUCUUGUACAAUUAUUUACGCAUUUUUUUAUGCGUUUCGAAUAAUACUCUAUACGGCAUCGUGUGUCUCAAUCUUUUUUACAAUUACAUUUGUAAUGUUAUGUUUGUAAACCAGUGACUCCCUUCAUCUUUACACUCCAUUUCGAUCUACGUA